UUCUUAGGACUUCAAGCUCCCCAAAAUAUCUCCUUCCCCUUCAGUGCCAUGAGACUCGGAUCCGCCAUGCAACUUGCAAUCGAGAAAGUCAAUUCAGACCCACUUUUCAUGCUAAAUUACACACUGGAUUUUGUGUACGCCGACAGUGACUGUGACCCAAAGGCAUCCAUUAAUGCAUUUUUCAGCCAGGUACAGAAAUACCAUGUUUCAGUUCUCUUUGGGCCAGCUUGUCACAAGGCAGCAGAGAUUACAGGUUUACUAGCCUCUCAAUGGAACAUCCCCAUCUUUGGAUUUGUGGACCAGACACCUAUGUUAGAUCAUUUCCUUGUGUAUGACACUUACAUAAAACUGCUAUCUCCACCACAAAUCAUCAGCGAUGCCCUGACUAAAACAUUGCAGUUCUUUGGCUGGAAGUAUGUUGCCCUUAUUGGAGGGACUGCAAGUGAUUCAACAUGGGACAAAAUUGAUGAGCUCUGGGAAAUUGUGGUAAGGAAAUUGGAAAUAAGCUUUAUCAUCACAGCUCAAGCCAAAUAUGACACAGACAACUCAACCCUUCAUCAGGAACAUCUCAAGCAAAUUGCCACUGUAGCAAGAAUUGUCAUUUUAAUUUGUACUCCUAAGGUGGCAGGAUCAAUAAUGUCAGAAGCUCAACAGCUUGGAAUAACAAGUGGAGAAUAUGUUUUUUUUAUAUUGCAGCUUUAUGAGGAUAACUUUUGGAAAUCUGCUUUAGUGGAUGGGAAAGAUUCAAUUGCCUUGAACCUGUACAAAUCGGUAUUCCUAAUUGGACUGAAGUCAUAUUCUGAAUAUGGCUACUUCAAGUUUUUACAAGAAGUGUACCAACGAUUAAAAGGAGCCCCUUUUUACAGCGAUUUGUCUUCAGAAAAAGAGGUGAGCUCCUAUGCAGCUUAUCUUCAUGAUGCAGUAAUACUAUAUGCUAUGGGUGUUCAUGAAAUGUUAAAGGCAGGAAAGAACCCAUUUGAUGGAAGAGCACUUAUUAAGAAUUUGAAAGGUUUCGGCAAAGGGCGAUUUUAUGGUAUAACUGGACCAGUGAAUAUUGAUAGUUCUGGAGAACGACAUAUGGAUUAUUCUGUGUAUGACCUGCAAUGGUAUGAGAACAUCACAAAGUUUGUUCCUGUUCUUCACUACGACAGUUACAGAAAAUCAAUACGCACAACGAGGGAAUUUGUUAACAUUUCAUGGCCUAGUGGAACUCCAGUUAAAGACUACCCUGACUGUGGAUUUUACAAUGAACUUUGUGAAAUAAACUCCAGAAAUAACAUCAUUGUGAUAUCUGUCGUUGUCAGUGUGGUCGUGGCUUUUGUUGUAGCUGCUGUUACUGUCUUUCUAACAGUACGGAAACAUAAAUCAUUAAAUCAAGAUCAGGAUAUGUGGUGGAAAAUAAAUUAUGAAGACAUAACUAUCCUGAAAGAUAACAAGGUACAGGAUUAGCAGCAUCCUGGUACCACCGCAUCAACCAAAGAAGUUGGAAGCCUUGGAUCAAGUACUAACAUCUCAAGCCAUCAGAAUUAUGGUUUCAGAGAUGAACUAGGAAACAGAGUAGUUUAUUCCACAGUCGGUUUUUACCAGGGAAAUUAUGUAGCAGUUAUGUACCUUGAUGGAUCAAUAUCUCCAGAUAUGAGCAAGCAAUCAAUACAACAAGAACUGCAGCUGAUGCGAGAACUAAGACAUGAAAAUCUAGUAUGUUUCUUUGGUGUAUGUAUAAAUGCACCACACAGGUAUAUCAUUUCACAGUACUGCAAAAGGGGAAGUUUAAAGGAUAUCCUGAAAAACACAGAUGUUGAACUUGACUGGGUUUUCAAGCUGUCACUUGCUUAUGAUAUAGUAAAUGGAAUGGUAUUUUUACAUAAUAGCCCACUAAAGUCUCAUGGCAAUUUAAAACCUAAAACCUGUCUGGUAGACAGUCGGAUGCAAGUGAAGAUAUCAGGAUUUGGCCUCUGGGAGCUUCGAUAUGGAACGAAAAGGAAAGUAAUCACCACAGAAGAUGUGAACUGUGAAGAACUCUACUGGACUGCUCCUGAACUGUUGCGACUCAGUGAAUACCCACUGAAUGGGACACAGAAAGGAGAUGUGUAUAGUUUUGCCAUUAUUAUGAGAGAGUUACUGUACCAUGGGGAUAGUGGACCGUUCCAUGAUUUUCAGAUGACACCAGAAGAAAUUAUUAAUGCAAUCAUAAACCCUGCGACAGUGUUGAGACCUACACUGUCUGCCGAAAAAUGCAGUGAACAGAUUGUCACGCUGCUGACUGCCUGCUGGGAUGAAUGUGCAGACAGAAGACCACACUUUCAGUCAAUCAAACAAGCUCUGCGAAAGGCUAGUCCAGAAGGCGAGGUGAGCAUUCUGGAUAGUAUGGUGCAUAAACUGGAAAAAUACGCGAAUCAUUUGGAAGAAGUGGUUGAAGAAAGGACAAACCAACUCAUGGUGGAGAAGAGGAAGACAGAUCAGCUCCUGUCCAAUCUGUUGCCUAGGUUCAUCGCAGAACAGCUCAUGCAAGGAAAUCAUGUGGAGCCAGAAUUCUUUGAAUGUGUUACUAUCUCCUUCUCAGAUAUUGUUGGCUUCACAAGCCUGUGCUCUAUCAGCACCCCACUGCAAAUUGUGGAUAUGCUGAAUGAUCUGUACAGCCUGUUUGAUGACAUUAUCAAGUCUUAUGACGUCUACAAGGUUGAAACAAUAGGAGAUGCUUACAUGGUAGCAAGUGGACUGCCCAUUCGCAACGGAAUGCAGCAUGCAGGGGAAAUUGCCACAAUGUCUUUGCAUUUUCUCAGUGCCAUUGUGACCUUCAGGAUAAGACACAUAGAUAAUGCACAACUGAAACUUCGCACAGGCCUCAACACAGGUCCAGUAGUUACAGGCGUAGUUGGAACAACGAUGCCCAGGUACUGUCUGUUUGGUGAUACUGUCAAUGUAGCAUCAAGAAUGGAAAGCAAUGGUUUGCCUUUGAAAGUACACAUAUCAGAGAGUACUGCUGAAGCACUGAGGGCACUAGGAGGAUACAAUGUUGUAAAGAGAGGGACAAUUAAAGUGAAGGGAAAAGGGAAUCAAGCAACAUAUUGGUUAAGAAGCAAAGAGGGAUUCAACAAGCCUUUACCAAAAUUAGAUUUCAACAUGGGAGAAGAUUUUAAGGACACAUUUGAGACAUAUGAGGAGGAUGACGCAGAACAAGCAACAUUUGUCCCAAUGCAGGUAGCAGGGAAUUCUACAUCAGAUCCUCCAGAAGAUAAACGCACAAGGCCUCUUGGAUGCAGUCUUCAGGAAAAUUCAGUGGAAGACAAAAUCUUCUGA